CCUUUUCGCACCAUCACAUCCAACAAGCAAUAUGGGCAUCUACACUCGACUACCCAAAGGCGUUGACGAGGUCGACAUCAUCGUCGCGGGCGGCGGUACCGCGGGGUGCGUCGUGGCUUCCAGGCUCGCCGAUGCUGACCCCUCGCUGUCCAUCCUCGUAAUUGAGGGCGGACAGAACAAUAAGGGCAACCACUUGCUUGCCUUCCCACUCCUUUUCCCAACUGCAUUGCUUCCCACCAGUACUGCAACCCUGUUCUACAAGGGAAAUGCAGAGCCGCAGUUGGACAAUCGCGAAAUGGUCGUACCCACCGGUGGUGUGCUGGGCGGAGGCUCGUCAAUCAACAUGAUGAUGUACACUCGUGCUCAACGCCAUGAUUGGGAUUCGUGGGCCAUUCCGGAAUGGUCUAUCAAUGAAAUGAUCCCAUUCUUGAAGAAAUUUGAGACGUAUCAUGGCCCUGGCCCGGAGUCUGUUCAUGGAAAAGACGGUCCUAUUGUUGUGUCUCCCGGAACGUUCUACUCUGAGCGUAUGGCAGCUCAAUUCAUUGCUGCCGCCAACGAGGUCGGUUACCCGACGGUCAAGGAUCUCCAAGACCUCGACACCAGCAACGGCGUUCAACGUUCCCUCCGCUUUGUCGGCACAGAUGGCCGGAGUCAGGAUGCCGCCAGUAACUACUUGCAUCCGAAGCUGGAAGAUGGAGCACACCCCUGAAGAGAGCGUAACUCCUCUUUGCCUUGGGGCUCUGCGAAGCUAAUCGCUUCACCGACCUGCAGAAUCCGCUUAACGGUCUGUAUAGAUCCGUGGCUGGCAGUUGUGGCUUCCCAAUCCAAGUAUGCACUUUUUUGUGCUCUUGAGAAUAUACUAUGUGAGGCGAGAAGCUGAACAAAAUGGCUCUAGUCGACUGAUUACGUAAACAGGCGCGGCAGGUAACGUAAUCAACGGUUGGGCGGCCCACCCCUUUUGAAAACACCACCUCGAAUUCCUACCUGAAGCUAUUCGACCACUACAGAUGCCACCAAAAACACCUAUAUCAUCAAAAGCGCAGGUAGAACAGGAAGGCAGGAUCCUUCUUACUAUUAAGGCUAUUUAAAAAGACCAAAUCACCAGUAUUCGCAAAGUAGCGCGUGUUUAUAAUAUCGCUCGAAUCACUCUUCGCGCUCGAUUAUCUAGAUGUAAUUUCGCUAAAGAUAUGGUCCACGCACGUCAAAAAUUAUCUAAAAAUGAAGAGGAAUCACUCGUCAAAUGGAUUCUAUCUCUAGAUAAGCGAGGUGCAAGUCCUCA